CACCUCCAGAGAGUGAGAAGACGAGUGGUUAGUUAUCGUAUUGGGAGACAGACCUCUGUUCUGAAACCGUUGGAGGCCUACCUACCUACCUAUAUGCUCGCCCAUAUCAAAAGCUCGUCGAAGAAGAAGAGUUAAACUGAAAUCGACCACAGCGGCAAGUCAAACUUGGGCUCAUCACUUCAACUCACUCCCCUUCCAAAACGACAUCAAACCACCACGGGCAUUUUACUUACCAAAUACAAACUACGACACCAAGAACCAACCAACCAGCCAAAAUGCUAACCCCAACCACCCUUCUCCUCCUAACUCCCUUCCUCUACCUCCUCUCCCUCCUCCUCCGCACCACUCUCCACCGCGUGCGCGCCCGCUCCCUAGGAUGCGGCCGGGUGGCAGUCUACCCCCACAAGGACCCUAUCCUAGGUCUGGAUCUAUUCCGCGACACUUUGCGAGCCAUCAACACGCACACACUUUUGCAGCUGUGGGACUCGCGGUUCCGGCGAUAUGGCAACACGCACUACAUUUUGACGCUGGGGAGAUGGGUGCUGAUGACGAACGAGCCGGAGAACGUGAAGCUGAUUUUGGGGACCAAGAUGGACGAGUGGCCGCUUGAUGGACCGAGAUUGCAUGCGGCCGUGCCGGUGUUGGGGAGGAAGAGUGUUUUUACUACUAAUGGGGCUCAGUGGCGCGAGGCUCGAGGAAUGAUCAGACCUUCGUUCGUCAGAGAUCAAGUCGCCGACCUUCACUGCUUCGCCAAACACGUUGGCAACUUUCUCAACGCCAUUCCCAAAGAUGGAUCGACCUUUGACAUGCAGGAACUCCUGCUUUCCAUGGCCAUGGACUCGUCUACCGAUUUCUUGCUAGGCUACUCCACCAACUCGUUGCUCGAACCCUCGCCCGAAGCUAAGCAGUUCCUCGAGGAUUUCGAGUACACCAGCCGUGAGGCCGCCAAGAAGUCUAGACUUGGAACGCUUCUCCUUUGGUUGCCGAACGGGGAGUUCCAGGCGGCUGUGACAAGAGUGCGCGAGUAUGUGCGAACCUAUAUAAGGAAGUCCCAGGCGGAGAAGACCGACAAGAAGGAAAGGAACUACGUUUUCCUCCAUGAGAUUCUAAAGUCCGGCGCCGAUGAGGAACAUGCCAUCGACCAAGUCUUGUCCGUCAUUAUUGCCGGAAGAGAUACCACUGCUGCGGCAAUGACGGCAUGUUUCUACUACCUGGCUCGAAACCCGGCAGCGGUACAGAAACUGAGGAAAGAGAUCCUUGAUGUGGAGGACGAGAUGCCGACCUGGGAGCAGCUGAAGAAUAUGAAGUAUCUGAACAUGGUAAUCAAGGAAGGUUUGCGGCUGUUCCCUCCCGCAUCUACAAACUCCAGAGCGCCAGUCAAGGACACGGUUCUACCCCGAGGUGGUGGCCCGGAUGGCAAACAACCUAUCCUGGUGCCCAAGGGCCAAGUCGUCAGGUGGUCGCUAUACAGUCUCCAUAGACGUAAGGAUAUCUUUGGAGAGGAUGCCGAUGAGUUCCGCCCAGAGCGGUGGGAUGAGAACCUUCGGGUCGGAUGGGAGUACAUCCCCUUUUCCGGAGGCCCGCGCAUAUGCCUUGGCCAGCAAUUUGCGCUCACCCAGAUCGAAUAUGCCCUCUUCAAGUUCUUCCGUGCCUUCAAGAGCAUCGAACCCCGGGAUGCCGACGGUCCUCUACUACUUCGCACAAAUCUCACUGUCACCUUUGCGAAUGGCUGCUUGGUUAGUGCGACACCCGACUCGAAGUAGGUGGUAGCACCUCUGGAGAAGGGACUGAGAGGCGGAAGAAAUCAAGCGAUGUCGUCAAGUAGCAUGCGAUUUAGUUGUUGCUUCCGGUGUUCUGAAUCUGCGUCUCGGGAUAGGAGGAACAGUCUGUAUUUCGGUCAGUGCUGGACGCACAGGAAGCGUUUGCGUUUGCUUGU